GGGUUAGAGGCUCUGAGGUCUGAGAGGCUCUGUGAGGGUUAGAGGCUCUGAGGCUCCGUGAGGGUUAGAGGCUGUUAGAGGUCUGAGAGGCUGCAGAUCUGAUAUUCAAACAACCAGAGGUCGAGCAGACAUCCACCGUGUGAGCUCAGCUGUUGAUCUUCAUCAUGGUGGAGCCGACAGCAUCUGGAGUGUUCUGUAACCGGAUGCUGAGCAUGGUCAACUCUGAGGACGUGAACGCCAUCAUCCAGGCUCAGAGACACAUGCUUGACCGCUUUGAGAAAACCAACGAGAUGCUGAUCAACUUCAACGGGCUGUCCAACGUGAGACUGCAGCAGAUGAACGAACGCUUCCUACUCCACACUCGCACCCUGGUGGAGAUGAAGAAAGAUCUGGACAGCGUCUUCAGGAGGAUCAGGACACUUAAAGGGAAGAUUGCUAAGCAGUACCCGGAAGCUUUCAGCAAUAUCCAUGAGUCACCCGUCCUGGAGGACGACGAUGAUGAGUUCGACCCAGUUCCCCGCAGUGCUGCCACAAGAAUUACAACAGCCACCUCGGAGCAGAGCACAGAGUCCUGUGACACAAGUCCAGAUGUGAUCUCACCCACUGUGAGCCGAUGCUCUGAAGAUCUCUCUCAAGAGCCGCCGGACACGCCCACCUCCGACGUCCCAGAGACAGCCGUCCUACUGGACGAGGGUCCGGACUCUGUACCUGCAGAAUAGAGCGAGCGUUGUGUGAAUGGAUUUCAGCCUCGAGCUUCAACCUUCAAACUAUUUGAGCAGGAGGUCAUGUUGUAUAUUUGAGUUUGUGUUGGCCUCUACAAUAUCUGCUGACUUUUCUGUUGGGAAGAGCGUCAUAACCUUGAUGUUAGGUGUGGCUAUGAACUGUCAGUGAGGAUGCUGGGUUUUUGUUGGCAUGCUUAUUUGUCCUUUGCCUGCACAGCACUAAAAUAAUGCAGAUUAUACUUGAAGUGGUAUCUCACUAUAGAUGUACUGUAUAUCUAUAGGAUACUGACAGUAAACCUGAGCAAAAGCCUUCACUCAUUAUGUGAUUAGAAGCAUCUAGAAUUGUUUUGUUGUUGACUGAAGGAAGAAAUCUCAUGAUUUAUGUUUAUGUUUUGAAAGACAAAAGUGAAUGAUCGUCUCAACCUGAAUAAAAGUAGUUAGGGUUUGUGAGUAGUUACUACUGUUGUCUUACUAUUACAACAGUAUCAUAUUGCAGCAUUGUUAUUCUAUGAGCCUCUGUUAAAACCAGAAAAUAUGUUUGUUAAUGCAUUCAUUAAUGUUUUUCAGCAGCAUUUAAUCUGAUACUUUACUGAUCCCUGCCAAGAAAUGCUCUCUUUGUUUGCUGCCUCCAUCGCAGGGAAGUCAAGGAGAACUUUAAUCGUCUGUGAUUCAGCAAACUAUUCAAGGACACAUGAGGACGGAGGCUCUUUGAUACGAGAGCUGGAAACAGACCCAACAACUCCUUUCUCUCCAUUAAAGAUGCAGUUUUGAUGUAAAAGGGAAAUUCAUCUUAAAAUGUCCUUCAUUUGUUAUUUAUGUCAUAUUUUUACAUCUCAGUUUUCAUUUGUGGAUUUGAAAAAUGUUGUCCUUUUAAAAGCAGAGAGAGAGUAUAGUGAUAAAAUGUUGACAAUGCUCCAUAAUAAUAAUAAUAAUGUAAUAAUAAUAAAAAAUAAUAAUUGUAUGACUCUA